CUGGGUUUAGAGCCACAGGGAUAUACCCAUUCAGGCCGGAUGCACUACCUGAGUCUGCUUACGCACCAAGUGCAAUUUCUUACAGAGAAGAGGACAAAGAAAAUCGUGAACUCAGUUUUCAAAAUACUGUAGCCAGGACCGAGAGUUCCGAAUCAUCCGCAUCGAUGAAUAAUAUAUUUAAGGCAAGUACAAGUGGGAAUAAAGGACUGUUACAAAACAAGAAAGCAAAAAAAAUAUAUCGUGAAGCAUAUUCUUCAGAUAGCGAGUCAUUAUCGGACUUUAGUCUACAUGAUGAUACAUCCGCUAACACUUCUAGUGAAGAUGAACCCUUGGCUACUUGGAAACACCAAAAUAUCAACGUGGACAGAUUAAACGAAUGCCAUAAGAAAAGCUCAUUUUCCGUAAAAAAUAAACCGCCAAACACUUCUUUUGAUAGCGAUGAUGAAGUUCCACUCAUACUUCUCAAAAAUAGAGAGAAUAUUGUCUCUAAAACAGCCACAAGCUCACCUCCAGACAAUUCAUUCACGGCUACAGGAUUACUCAUUACUCCCGAAAUCAAAGUACCCACGACAAAAAGAAAGCCUGCAUUGAACAGUGAAGCUCAAAAGCUUGCAUAGGAUUGACCAAAGAAGAUAAAGAAAUAUUUAUUUGUCCCUGUUGUAGUUGAAAAUUUUUCAAGUACCUACCAUUUUCAUCUACGAUUAUGAGUUUUAAAGUGUUAUUUUUCAAUAUUUUGUUAAUUUUACUGAAUGUUUUUAAUGUUCAUACUAUGUGGCAAUAAUAGGAGCACUGGUAAGCUUAAUAUUGUCACCAGAUAUUCUAAUAAAGAACUACGAUAAGUCCAUUUGUAUUCAUCCUAUUGAAAUGCCUGAAACAUAUGUUAUAGAAAAUAUAUUUCUCUGUGUAUAUCUCAGUUUUUAUUCCGUUACUGUGAAAAAUGAAAAUUAUUUAUGGCAAUAACUCUUAAGGUGGCAAUGUUUGGUAC